CUGAAAGCGGGUUCCGCAGCUCGGGUAGCGUGCGGAGAAAUAACAUCGGUGAUAACGCGUAUUGGCGGUGUUUAUAGGAAACAUGGAGGAAGAUGAAGAGGAAGACUACAUGUCUGAUUUAUUUAUUAAGCAGGACGUGCGGCCGGGCCUGCCCAUGGUGAGGCGGGUGAGGGAGGCUAUGCAGAAAGAAGAAAAACAAAAAGAAGCCAACGAGAGGAACAGACAGAAGAGCGUAAAAGAAGAAGAAAAAGAGAGACGCGAUUUGGUGUUGAAAAGUGCAUUGGGUACUGAGAACAAAGGCUUCGCGUUGCUCCAGAAGAUGGGCUACAAGAGCGGCCAGGCCCUUGGCAAAAGCGGAGAAGGCAUUGUUGAACCUAUUCCUUUGAACAUAAAAACAGGCAGAAGCGGGCUUGGUCACGAGGAAUUAAAAAAGCGAAAAGCUGAAGAAAAACUGGAAAACUAUAGGCAAAAGCUUCAUAUGAAAAAAAAAGCAAAUGAACAAGCUGCAGAUCAGUUCAGAAUAAGAUUCAAAACGAAACAAGAAGAACGUAAGAUGGAAGGGGACCUCCGAAGAAGCCAGAGGGCCUGCCAGCAGUUAGAUAUGCAAAAAGAUAUUGAUGUUCCCAAGGAGACUUGGUAUUGGCUAGAACCUGAAGAGGAAGAUGACAAGGAUGAGGAAGAUAAGGAAGAUGAAUGCACAAGCUCAGAUUUAAGCGUAUCAGAAAAGCUACGCAUCCUGACUGCCUAUCUGAGAGAAGAGCACUUUUAUUGCAUUUGGUGUGGAACAACCUAUGAAGAUUCUGAAGAUUUAUCGUCAAACUGCCCUGGAGACAGUGCUGCAGAUCACGACUAAAGCCUUUCUGAAGGAAGGAGUCCUAGAUAAGUAAAAACAGCAAGUGAUCGCUUGCAGAAGUACGCUGUCCUGAUCCACAGCUGAAGUGCGUGGAUGGUGAUGUGACCCUUCUGGCUGAUGAGCUCCUCAAUGGCAGGAAGGCAAAACACCAAGGAAAAGACCUGUCUUAAGUCUUGCAGUUGCUUUUGGCUUUCAGUUUGAAGAGACAUCAAACUGGAUUUAAACAGUCUUGAAAGCCUUUUAAAAGCGCAUUUACUGAGUAUGAGUUUCACGUAAGUUGGUUUUAACAGCAGAUUUAAAAAACUUCAGUAUUUCAGAUGCAGAGUAUCUUGCUGAAGCCUGUUUUGAAAGCAUCUUUUUGAUUAUGGGUGCCUGCAGAAAGAAAGUAGUGUCAAUAAAUUACUUUUUUAUAAGUAAAUAAACUGAAGUAAUUAUUAAAAUCUCAUACCUUUGUUAGAAAUUGGUUGGUGAAGCCCUCUGGAAGUUGACCUUUUCUAACAUCAUGCCAUAUCUGAAAUUCAUAUAAGCGAACAGUUGCAGUAUGUUUUUAUUUAUUAUAUUUUGCAUCUCACUGUGAUCCAUAUAGUUUACGGAAGUAAUCAAAAUACAAUCUACAAAAAAGCCAAGACUUCAAAAAAGAAAGUAACUGUAAAUAGUUUGAAAGUUUUUUCUAUUUAGUCGUACUGUGUUUUGGGUUUAUGUUUUUCAUCAACUGUUGUCCCUUUUUAAGCUUAAAAGCUUCACACUCUGUGCUUGUUUCAGCAAUCCUCUCUCUAUUUGAGAACCAUUACCCUUCUCUCCCUAAUUUAAAAGUAGUGGGUUUAUAUCCUCUUACCCCAUUAAAAUAAAAAAAUGCAAGAUUAUUGAA